UUUCUUCUUCGUGACCUCUUCUUCUUGUCACCAAGCGCGGCCUUCUUGCCGGCUUUCUUUUCACCUUUCUUUCCUCCAGCGGGUUUUGGCGGCAUUUUCUUGUUAGCUACUUUGUAGAUUAUCACAAUCAAAUGAUGGUGACUCUCAGGGAAAACUCGUACUUAUAUGUAAUUCUGAUAGGAUUAAUUAUUAUGCGGAUCACCAAUACACAAACAUGAUUGGUGGAAAUAACAUGCAAAUGAUCUUCAUUCAAACUAAAUGACCUUUGCUCAUCAGAUCUGGUUUUUGAUUGGUGGAUUUCGAUCCUAUUCAAUUCAAGCUCUCGGUAUAAAACCCUUGAGCAAACUUUUCUGUCAUUCUAUUUUGAACUAUCAUUCAAAAGAUAACUGCAAGUCAAAAUGUCUGGCCGUGGAAAAGGUAAAGCUAAGGGCACCAAGUCCAAGACUCGAUCAUCCCGUGCAGGGCUUCAGUUCCCAGUCGGUCGUAUCCAUCGUCAUCUCCGCAAAGGCAACUACGCUGCGAGAGUUGGUGCUGGUGCUCCAGUCUACUUGGCUGCUGUUCUCGAGUAUUUGAGCGCCGAAAUUCUCGAGUUGGCCGGCAACGCUGCCCGUGACAACAAGAAGACCAGAAUCAUCCCYCGUCACUUGCAGUUGGCUGUCAGAAAUGACGAGGAGUUGAACAAACUUCUUGGUGGUGUCACCAUUGCUCAAGGUGGUGUUCUUCCMAACAUCCARGCCGUCCUUUUACCUAAGAAGGCUGAGAAGAAAUCAUCUUAAGCAGUUUACUGCUAAACAAAACAACGGCUCUUUUAGGAGCCACCACAUGAAUCGAAAGAUCAUGACC